GCUUGCAUGAAAGGGAACAUGUGCAACACUGAGCAUUUGCAGAAUAUUUCUGAUCUGAAGGUAGCUACUUUGCAAGACUGCACUCAACAAAAUAAAACUGACCUAGAGGCAGAACGAAAUCGCUUCAGUAGGCAGAUUUCUAGCAAGCCCAAGCAGGAGAAUAAUUCUUUGAUCUCAGUCAGUCAACAUGAAGAAGCAUGUCAAGAUGAUGCAUUUUCAAAAGAAUCUGACAUAAAUGAACAGCCAGACAGCAUAUGUAAGACAGCAGACAAUACUAAUGUAAGCAGUGCUGGUGCUACUGACUGUAUUCCAGGGGCGCAGAAUUCAAUAAGUGUCACUGAUAUACCACAGACUUCACUAACUGAUAUUGAAAUAACAUGUUCUGAUGAUGACUCUGAGGACAAUAAAUAUGAAAAAAACAAGAAUGAUACUCAAAUACCUAGUUCAGAAAACCUAGAAAAAAUGCGAUCGUUGGUGAAAGGCUCAGUUCUAGAAACAAAAAAGGAUCUGACUUCAGACAGCGAACUCAUCCCAAAAGUUGAAAAUCUAAAACUAAAUUUUGAAAGGGACUCUUCUAUCACAGAGACAAGCAAUCAGAAAGUAGAUGCAAAUUCAGGUGCAAAGGAAAAUCCUUCUGCAUUACAGGAAUACAGGGAAGUGGCUCCCAACAAUUCUUCAUAUACAUUAAACUGCAUUAAAAAAGCCGAGAAUGAGCAUCUGCCCGCUAGCUCUGAAACAGAAGAAUUCCCAAUUCUUUCUACAUCGACCUUUGCAUUGGAUCAUCAUAGUGAAGCUAGCCAGCAACCUGAAAACUGUAAGAAUGACGGUAUUGUGGGUGUGUUACUAAAUAAUAAGCUUGUAGUUAAAACAUGCCAAAAUGUCUUAGAAGUUGCUUCUGAUUUGCAGAUAACAGCUGAUGCUACCGUACCUGUGCAUUUAAAAGACAUUUCACCAGGGAUAAUAAGCACAGCUGAUCAAAACAGCACUGAAGCAGCACAUUUAGAAAAUACUUCUAUGAAAGAAACAAGUAUUCCUGGCCAAAGUUUCCAGUGUGAAGGAGAGAGUAUUUCACCCAUACUAGAUUCUGCUGAUGCAGGGCAAUUUGCAGGAAACUUAACACAAUUUAAUUUUGAGAAGCUGAAGAAGGAGAUAUCUGCAAUUAAAACUAAAGGAACAAAAAGUGAUGUAAACUUCAAAGCACAGGAAAGUGACAGUUCAACGGAGCCUCUGUUCAGUCUUCCUAGCCUAGGAGAGAGGCUGCUGAGUCUUUCAUCUGCUGGUAAACAAGAAGGAUGUAUUGAGGAAAUUGCAACAAAUAUCUGUGUAGAUGACAAGUACAGGAAGAUCUUAGAAAACUCUGGAAGUGCAGAGAAAACUGAAAAUGUUUUGAAAGAGAAUAAUAGCAUAACCAAGACAAAAAUAAAUAUUUCCAAAGAGACUGCAGAAAACUGUGAAAGGGAGAAUGAUGUUCCGAGUUCCAGGACCUUUGGCGCUGGUGCCAGCUUUCCUGAUUUCAGGGAGCAUCUCAGUAAAAUAUUUGAGAAACCUGUGCGCAACGCUCUGAAUACUGAAUUACCCCCACUUUCAUCUGAAAUUUAUGCAAGCAGUGGGCAAAGUCCCGUGGUUAAAGAUAUACCAGUUCUACAAAGUGCUGAGAACUUUUCAGAGCCUAACACAGUAGGUGAAGGUGUUGAUGGAAGCAUCAAUAACACAGGACAAGAAAGUGACUCAGAAAUAGAGAGACAAGAGUUGCCUUUGGAUUCUGAGAUUUUUAGCAAAGAGAAGUCAGCACAGCAAGAAGACAUGCUCAGAGAACUAAAGCUUCCAGAAAACGAGGAACAUAAACAACCAGGUACCUUUUCAGAAAAGAAAGUUUCCAAAUUGGAUGGUUCUAAAUCUGUUGAACUGCCUCUUACGAAUUUAAGAAAGCUGGACAACAAAACUGAAAGCACAAAAGGUAGUCAGAUGGAAAGAGAGGAAGGUACACAUACUAGCAGUGUGAAUGCUGGAGUUCUUGUGGACCAAGAGAUAGAAAAGCUGGAAUCUGCUUCAUCUGAUGGGACCAAAGCUGCAAACUUAACUGCAUCUUAUGACAAUAAGGACCAGCCCACAAUUCCUGGGACCUCUUCAGAAGAUACAGGCACUGUUCAGAAGAAUGAUUUAGAAAGUGCUGCCAUCCCAGAGGCAGAGGAAUGUAAUUUAAUUGUACAAUGUAAUGCAGAAUCAGAAGAUCUAAUAUCUUACGAAAAUCAGUGCCAGGACUUUAUGCCAAAUGAGCAGAAGAAAAGUAAAGACUGUGAACCAAGCACUGUCAAUGGUACCUGCAACAUGUCAGCCUCACCAAUUGUCCAAGGAGACAUCUUCAAAGCUGAAGUAAAAAGAGAUGAUCUUCGUCUGUUGUCUGGUGAAAUCCAAGAGAAAUCCACUCACAAUAAUCUUGUGCAUGAAAUUAAGCCUCAGGAUGACACAUAUAUGAUGCUGGAUGCUUUGGGAAGUAGAAAAUGCCUGGAAAUAUUAGGAAAUCUUCAAGACUCACAGCAGGGAAAAGAAGCAACAAUACAUGGGUUAAUAGAUCACUUUAAAAAUGAACUAAGCCAUGAUGAUCAUUCCCAGGCUGACUUUAAACAUGAACUCAGCAGUGUGACUAAGAGGGAUGUGAAGGAAGAAAGUGACACCAUGUUCAGCACAGCAGUGGCAGAAGCUUCUAUAUGUGGCAAUGAGCAACUUGGAGACACCCCUGAAACAGGUAUUACAGGCACAGUGUUAAUUAGUAAGGGUGAUGCAGCUUUGCAAGCAAGCAUUCAAGAUCAAGGGACAGAAACAAAAAAGCAUCACUCAGAAACUAUUACAGGGAUGGAGCCCGAAUCGGAUUGUGUAAGUACAGAUUUUAAUGUUGCUUCUGAAAAUCAAUGGAGCAAGAUGCAUUCAGAACAUGACAGCUCACCGCUGAAUGCCGAAGGAAAGGUACCAACCCCUUCAUUCACUGAGCCUAAGAAACAUCACAUCAAUGAACUUCUGGACAUGGUUACUGAAGGAUUACCUACAGAAAGCAACUUCCCUGAGCCCUGUCAUUCUCUCCUUCCUGUAUCUGAAAAGGAUGCUAUAGCUGUAACAGCCAAGGCCACCUCAGAUGAGGCAAGAGAUGACAUCAGAGUAGAAAGUUCUCCUGUGCCAGGUGAUGUCAUAAAAUUGGCUUCUUCCACUGAUUCUUCCAAACAACUGUUAGCUGAUUCUCUGCCUUGUGAAAAUGUUGCUGCUCUGGGUGCUGCUGAGUUGACUGCAGCAAGCACUUCCCAGCCUGGUAGCUGCAAAGAAGUUGAGCACCCUGUUACAUCUGUUCCUGAGGAUGCAUCCUUGGCUCCUACACCAGCUGAUGAUGUAGGAUCACUUGCUCAAGACAGUGAGGGAUUGACAAAGGAAAUAAAGAGGAGUUCAGACUCUGAAGAAGCAUUUGAGACACCAGAAUCCACCACUCCUGUAAAGGCUCCACCUGCACUACCGCAGCCACCACUGGAAGUAGCGGUGGUAGAAGCAGCAGCAGCAGCAGUAGACACAGUUGAACAGGAAAUAAGGCCACAGCUGCCCUUGGAAGACACAGGAUUCUGUUCUGAUACUGUGUCCAUAAUUGAUGCAUCACAUAGUGAAUCAAUUGAAGAAAGCCCAUUCCGUCCUCCCUCCCAUUCAUUUUCUACUGUCUUUGAUGAGGAUAAGCCUAUAGCCAGCAGCGGGACUUACAACUUAGACUUUGAUAACAUUGAGUUGGUAGAUUCUUUCCAUACCUUAGAACCUAGCACUCCAGAAGCUAAGAAUCGGGACCCUAAAGUGAAUGUUCGAAGAAAAUCCACAGAUUCUGUCCCAAUUUCCAGAUCUACUUUGUCUCGGUCUCUUAGUUUGCAAGCUAGUGAUUUUGAUGGCGUUUCCUAUCUUGGCAAUAAUGAGACAGUAAUUCCAACAGCAGACGUGUUCAAUACUGGUUCAAGUAGUGCUUCUAGUACCCUUAAGCGAACAAAGAAACCCAGGCCACCUUCCUUAAAGAAGAAGCAAUCCGCAAAAAAAUCUGCAGACUCUCCACCAGUGAAAGAAACGCAACAAGAACCAUCUGACAUUAGCCAACAAGCUUCUGUCCCAAGUGAAGAAAAACUGGUGUCUGAUGUAGAGGUUGAAUCAAUUAAACCUGAAUGUACUGAACCUUCCCAAAUCUCUACGGAGAAACAGGAGGCCCCUGCUGUGCCUGAAGCUUCCUAUCCCUUUGAUCGAGAGAACUUUGAAGAGAUUAAUACAUUUAGUACUGGAGAAAGCAAAGUGCAAACCUCUCCACCUGCCAGUAAAAAACCCCAACCUCUUACAACGGCACCAGAGGCCGUGGAGGUGACUCCAUCUGACACUGGAGGACAAGAGGAUCCUCCAGUCAAAGGUCUAGCUGUGAGACUAGAGUUUGAUUAUUCUGAGGAAAAGGGCAGCAGAGAGGACCAUCAAGAAAGCACUCCCCCACCCAAAAAAGCAGGUAAAAAAUCUGGUGCCAAAAUGCCACUAAGAAGGCCAAAGACUAAAAAGACAGUGGAAAAGCUUGACAAUGCUCCCACCACACCGACCAAGUCACUCACUGAUCCAAAUGAUAUCCCGAUUUCAAAAGGCUCUUAUACUUUUGAUAUUGACAAGUGGGAUGAUCCCAACUUUAACCCAUUUUCUUCCACUACAAAAAUGCAAGAAUCUCCCAAAUUGCCUCAACAAACAUACAGUUUUGAUCCAGAUACCUGCGAGGACUCAAUUGACGCUUUCAGGCUAUCUUCGAAGAUCACCAGCUCACCUUCUAAAUCUCCAGCCUCCUUUGAGAUACCAGCUAAUGGCAAUGAAACAAAUGGAACUGAAGGAGACAACCUAAAUAAACCUGCAAAAAAGAAGAAGACACCACUAAAAACUGAUACAUUUAGGGUGAAAAAGUCACCAAAAAGAUCUCCCCUCUCGGAUGCGCCCUCUCAGGAUUCCACUCCACUGCCUACUCCAGAAACACCCCCAGUUAUAUCCACCGUGGUUCAUGCGACAGAUGAGGAAAAACUGGCUUCUUCCGUAACCAGUCAGAAAUGGACUUGCAUGACUGUGGAUCUGGAUACAGAUAAACAGGAUUACCCACAACCAUCCGAUCUAUCUACAUUUGUAAAUGAGACCAAGUUCAGCUCCCCUACAGAGGACCUGGAAUAUGGCAACUCAUAUGAAAUAGAAUACAUGGAGAAAAUAGGCUCCUCCUUGCCGCAGGAUGGCAGCACCCCGAAGAAACAAUCUUUGUACCUUGUAUUUGAUGCACAGCAGGAAAGUCCAGUCAAAUCUCCUCCAGUCAGACUAUCUGAUUCUACAACUCCAUGUUCAGGGUCAAGUUUCGAGGAAAGUGAAGCCCAGCUAUCCUCUGGAAUGAAAAUACAACACCCAGGUUCCCGGGUUCUAACCGCCAGCCAAGAUCUGCACUUACAGUUGACUGACAAAUCAAAACAGAAAGAACUGGAGCCCAUGAGUUUAGGAACAGCUUCAGACACCAUUGAAAUAACAACUCCUGAGGACUCCUUUGUCUCUGCUGAUGCUCUUCUCAAUAGGAUAUCGCAUCAAACAUCAAUAUGUGAUCAGCUUGAAUAUCUAGAACCUGACUUAGCAGAAAAGAACCCCCCCGUAUUUGCUCAGAAACUUCAGGAGGAGUUAGAGUUUGCUGCAAUGAGGAUAGAAGCAUUGACGCUAGCCAGACAGAUUACCCUGUCUUCUUUCUGCUCCUUAGAUACCGAGAAAGAGCCUGCUAUCCCAGCAGAUGUUUCCAUCUCUAAAAGUACUCUGUACUCCCGAAUCAGCACUUCUGAGGCAGAAAAUACCACAGAUCUGCUCUACCAGCAAGAAGAUUUGGAUUCUGCACUACGAAUUGCCAGACAGGAGACUGUGGCCAAAGAAAGAGAAGUAUCUGAGUGGAAAGACAAAUAUGAAGAAAGCCGAAGGGAAGUGAUGGAGAUGAGGAAAAUAGUUUCAGAAUAUGAGAAGACGAUUGCUCAGAUGAUAGAGGAUGAACAGAGAGAGAAAUCUGUCUCCCAUCAUACUGUCCAGCAGCUAAUAGUGGAGAAGGAACAAGCUUUGGCAGACCUGAACUCUGUGGAGAAAUCACUGGCAGACCUUUUUAGGAGAUACGAAAAAAUGAAAGAGGUUCUGGAGGGAUUUCGGAAAAAUGAAGAAGUGUUAAAGAAAUGUGCCCAGGAGUAUUUAUCACGAGUAAAGAAAGAGGAGCAGAGGUACCAAGCACUCAAAGUUCAUGCUGAAGAAAAACUGGACAGAGCCAAUGCUGAAAUUGCACAAGUCCGAGGCAAGGCUCAACAAGAACAAGCAGCGUAUCAGGCCAGUCUCCGUAAAGAGCAGCUGAAAGUGGAUGCAUUGGAAAGAACACUGGAACAAAAGAAUAAAGAGAUAGAAGAAUUAACGAAGAUUUGUGAUGAACUGAUUGCCAAAAUGGGGAAAAGCUAACUUUUAACCAAAUUUCUGGACUUCAAUAUUGAGUGCAAUAUGACCAUUGGCACACUGAUGUCCAUAUAUUGAUGUGGACAGGUUGUAUUUUCACUUUUUCGUAUGCACUACUGUAUUUUCUUUCUAAAUAAAGUUGAUUUAAUUGUAUGCAG